AUGUCGGAAGCGCACCUCAACAACUUCCCCACCCUCUUCUCCGUCGCCGGCAAGGUCUGCGUCGUGACGGGCGGCUCGCGCGGGCUCGGCCUCAGCGCCGCGUCGGCGCUGCUGCAGGCCGGCGCGUCCAAGGUCUUCAUCUCGUCGCGCAAGGCCGCCGCCUGCGAGGCCGCCUGCGCGGCCCUCAACGCCCUUCCCGGCCUCGCCCCGGGCGCCGUCGCCAUCCCGGCGCCCGCCGACUCGGCCACCGAGGACGGCGUGCGCGCACUGCUGGAGACGGUCAAGAAGAACCUGGGCGGCGGCGGCGGCGGCGCCAAGGGCCGCGUCGACGUGCUGCUCGCCAACGCGGGCGCGUCGUGGGGCGAGGCGCUCGACACGCACCCGGACUCGGCGUUUGCAAAGGUCAUGGAUCUGAACGUGCGCGCGGUUUUCAACACGGUCAAGCUGUUUGCGCCGCUGAUGCAGCGUGGUGGGCAGGAGGCGCUGGAUGACCCGGCGCGGGUUAUUAUUACCGGCAGCGUGGCUGGGCUGAGCGUCGGGACGCUUGGGAAGCAGGGGACC